AACUUCUUAGUCUCCGCCAGUAUGGAUCCACACCUGUGUUUCAUCUUGUUCCAAUCGUUUUCAUUUUAGUCCACCUCUUGCAAUAACAAAACACUCUUUUGCUUGAUUUCAGUUUGAACCGGCAAUGGCCGAAGCAAUUGCAUUCGACCUCGCUGUAGAGCUUAUUACUAAAUUGAGCUCCUUUACUCUCUCUAAAAUUGGACUGUCGUGGAAUGUCAAAGAUGACCUCGACGACCUCGAACGCACCGUCUCCACAAUCAAAGAUGUGCUUCUUGACGCAGAAGAGAAAUCGAAGACCAACAAUCUUGUCAAAGUUUGGCUUAAGAAGCUGAAAGAAGUACUUUAUGAUGCCGACGACUUGUUCGAUAAUUUCUCUGCCGAAGCAUUGCGGAAAGAUCUAUUGGGCGGGAACAAGCAGACGAAAGAGGUACGCGCUUUCUUCUCAAGCUCAAACCAGUUUGCAUACAGUCUCAAAAUGGGUCGGAAAAUUAAGGCCAUUAAGGCGAGGCUAACUUUGAUCGGAAGUGAGGCCAAGAUGUUCAAUUUGGUAGAGCGUGACCGCCCCAUGGAAACCUCUUUCAUGACUAAAAGGAGGCAGCAAACGUCCUCUUUUAUGCGUGAAGGUGAAAUAAUAGGGAGGGAUGAUGAUAAAUCAGCUCUUCUAAAACUCAUGUUAGAGAAUGAAGGUGAAGAGAAUGUUUACGUCAUUCCAAUUGUGGGGUUUGGAGGGUUAGGGAAGACUGCGUUGGCGAAGUUUGUUUAUAAUGAUGAAAUUGUCCGUGGUCAUUUUGAAUGGUCGACGUGGGUGUAUGUUUCAAAUGUUUUUGAUGUCAAAAGAAUUGUAAAAAGCAUUAUAGAAUCUGUAACAGGCCAAGCACUAGAUCAAAGUCUCGAAAUGGACCAGUUAGGAAAACAACUUCGAGAUAAAAUUAGUGGGAUAAAAUAUUUGCUUGUUUUGGAUGACAUUUGGAAUGAGGAGCGGGAAGCAUGGUUAAGCUUAAAGAAUUUAUUGAUGGGUGGGGCUAAAGGAAGUAGGAUAAUAAUAACUACUCGCUCUAUGAAGGUAGCAAAGAUUACUAGUACAUGUCAGCCUCAUGUUCUGAAAGUUUUGUCUGAUGACAAUGCUUGGGUUUUGUUCAAAGAAAUAGCAUUUGGGCAAAUAUCUGAGAACUCAACAAAUCCAGUCUUUGUUGAAAUAGGGAAACAGAUUUUGGAAAGGUGUGGUGGGGUUCCCUUAGUCAUAAGGACAAUAGCGGGUACAUUAUUUUUCAAAGAAACUGAAAAGGAGUGGCGUUCUUUCAAAGAUAAUGAACUUGCUAGACUAUCUGUACAUCAAGAUGAAAUUUUACCUACACUUAGGUUGAGCUACAAUCAUCUCCCAUCUCAUUUGAAGCAUUGCUUUGCUUUUUGCCGAUUGUAUCCAAAAGAUCAUGUAAUUCAUGUACAAACUCUUGUUCAAUUUUGGAUUGCACAAGGUUAUAUAAAGCAAUUGAAUCCAAGUCAAUCUCUUCAGGAGAUCGGGUUUGAGUAUUUUAAUGAUUUAGUUGAUAGAAGUUUCUUUCAAGAGGUAGGAGAAAGAUUUUCGAGGGAAGAACUAUCAUGUAAAAUGAAUAAUUCAAUGCAUGAUCUAGCUGAAUCAGUAGCAGGGAGGGAGAGUAGUAUUGUAGAUUUAGAACGACAUGCAAGUCAGGUUGGUGAAAAUUGUCGCCACAUAUCAAUUAAUCCUUCAUUAAUUCCUUCAUUGAAGGGAAAUAUGUUGCGAACUUUGUUACAUUUUCCGAACAUUAGAAUUCAAAUUUUGAGUGACGAAACUUGGGAUUUGAUAAUUGCAAAUUGUAGAUGCUUGCGAUUAUUAAAAUUGGAUGAUAUAGAUUUUAAGAUGAUUCCACGUUCCAUUCAUAAGUUGAAGCAUUUGAGGUACCUUGAUCUUUCUCACAAUCGCGAUCUUAAGAUUCUCCCAAAGAGUAUUUGCAGUAUACAAAAUUUGCAAGUGCUGAAACUUGAUCGGUGCUGGGAGCUUGAAGAAUUGCCGAAGAAGAUUGAAAAUUUGGUGAAUCUUACCCAUCUUGGGUGUGAAGAUUGUAAUGGCUUAACUCAUAUGCCACGUGGAGUAGGAAAAUUGAGUUCCCUUGAAACGUUAAGCAUGUUUGUAGUGGAUAAAGAUGGUUCUCAUGGCGGUGCAGAUCUAAGUGAAUUGAGAGGGCUUAACAACCUAAGGGGAGAGCUAAGAAUAAGAAAUUUGGGAUUUGUAAAAAAUGCAAAAGAGAAGUUUAAGGCUGCUAAUUUGGAAGAGAAGCAACAUUUGAGAUCGUUGGUUUUAGAAUGGGGCUUUUAUUUUGAUGAUAACGAUCAUGAUGACAAAUCACUUGAAGACCUCCAGCCCCAUCCUAAUCUCAAGGAGCUCUGUAUUCAAGGAUGGAGGGGUGAUGCUGAGUUUCCAAGUUGGAUUUCUUUUCUCACAAAUCUCGUCCAUAUUAAAAUAUGGGGUCUUGGUAGUAAAUUCAAACAUCUCCCGUCCUUUGCUCAAUUUCCUUGUCUUCAAGAUUUGGUAAUUUGUGAUUUAACUGAGCUGGAGUACAUGGAUGAUAAUAGCCCAAAAGGAAGUCAAGGAGAACCACAAUCAUUCUUCCCAUCGCUUAAGUAUCUUUGCCUACGGGAUUGCCCAAAUAUGAAGAGUUGGUGGAGAAAAAGGUCGAUUGAUGAUUCCAACGAGGACGACACAACAGUUAUGUCAUUUCCUUGUCUUUCCUGUUUAAAGAUUGAAAAUUGCCCUUUGACUUCAAUGCCGUUGUAUCCUUCACUCGAUGAUUGGUUAAAGUUGGUGAAUACCAGUUCAAGGCCGUUAAAGCAGACUAUGAAGAUGAACAUGAAUCCUAAGACCCCAUCAAGUUCAACCUCUUCUCUUCCGCUCUCCAAAUUGAAAUCUUUCCAUGUAGAGAAUCUAAAGGAACUGGAGACUCACAUGCUAGAUGAGUACCUGCAACAUCUCACCAGCCUCAGAGGUUUAACGAUUAGAGAUUGCAAGAAGGUUGAUUUAGAGGGCAUGCAAUGGGAACCCCUUAAGAAUCUCUCUCGUUUGAUGAUUGAUAAAAUUCCACUGCUGGUGUCUCUCCCACGUGGGUUUCAACAUCUUGUUCAGCUGAAAACAUUAGAAAUUCGUAAUUGCAGUGGAUUGAGGUCACUCCCUGUGCUCCAAAAACCCAUUCCUGUGUUCCAGCAUCUCACUUCCCUUGAAGAGUUUGAAGUAACGAACUGCAGGGAGCUGGAGCUAUCAGAAGAUGACAUCCAAAUAUUCGAAGAUCAUACAAGCCUACGAUAUCUAACGCUGGAAAACAUUCCAAAGCAUCGGCAUCUACCGGGGCGGUGUAAAAACAUCCAUAAUAAUAGUAGAAAUUCCCCAACUGAAGGAAAGAUGUAGGGAGGACAUUGGUGCAGAUUGGCACAUUUGGUGGUAUCAGUAAGCCAUUGGGGAAAGGCAUUUGUCAACUUCAAUAAUUUAUAUGCAUAGAAAGAGUAACCCAUUGGAGUCUAUUUUGAUGAAAGGCAUUUGACAACCUUAAGAAUUUACAUGCAGAAAAAGAGGGGGGGUAGUAUUUAAUUGCUUUACACUUUCAAAAAAUAUUAAUCUCGCAAUUUCAAUGAUGUAAUAUAACCCCGUAACUAAGCUUCUUCUUUUUCAGCAUGAAUUCAAUGGAAGAGGCAAAAAACAAAAUGGACAUGCAUUCUUCAUGGGCUGAUCUGUCCAUGGCAUUGUACUCCCAUGAAAUCCUACCCUAUUUUGGCUUUCUUCUUCGGUAGCGCAUAGCAUAUAUGACAAGAAGCAGAGGCCAUACUUUCAACUACGAUUUGUUCAUCUGCCAAAAUAUUCCAGCAAAACAAAAAUGAUUCUUGGAGUCGUGUUGGAGAGAGCUUAAACACGCAAUGUAGUUGUCAAGUAAGUAAAUUGAUUAGGGGCUAGGGAUUAAGGGUUGAUGAAAAUGGAGGGGGAUAUUUCUCAAUAUUCUUUGAUGCAGGGCACCCCUUUUAGCUGUUUGAAUUUUGAAGGAUCUUGCUCAAGAAUAUUUGGUGGUGAGGUUGAGAUGAUGAUGAUGAUGAUGAUGAUGAUGAUGAUGAUGAUGAUGAUGAUGCUCAAUGUCUGGCCCUUUGUUAAGCUUGCACUGGAAAAGCAUAGACAAUGGGUUUGUGGUUACCCCCCAUUUAUGCACAUGAUAUAAAGUUUCUUGUAGUAACAGUUCGUUGUUGCUUUUGGAAGAGUCCUAUUUCAAUGAUUGUCAGUUGCUGGAGAUAUUGCAUUGAUAAUUCAUUAUUCCAUGUUACAUGGAGCUUAUGUAAAGCUUAAUUGAUCCUAGAGUUUAUAUAUAGAUGAUUUGCUUCAAGGGUGAUGUGUGGAUUUAAAGGAGCACGUAUGUUUAUAGUGAGGAACGGAACUAUUAUCGAGUGCCAUUGCUAUAACCUCCGAGUGUUAAUUUUCACUUACAGUAGGUAGAUCUGAUAGAUAGUUUACUAAAUUGUACAAGAGUGAGAUUGCAACAAGUGUUCGAGGGAUUGGGCCUAUUUUUUUUUUUUUGGUAUUCUGAAGUUUAUAGUGGAUUUAUCUCUGGGCAAAACCCCGCAGAUGUAGGACAAGUUCCGAACUGCGUAAACAACCUAAUUGUGUACUUCAUUAUUCUUUACUUGUGCUAUGUGUGCCAACUCACAAAAGAACAUAUUUCUGCA